ACGUGUUGUAAAUUUAUAUGUUUAACUGAUGACAAAAUGCCGACAGUUAAUCGGCAAUCGAUGACGCCGGAGCAACGGAAGGAGAAGAUGCGCGAGCUGAAGCAGCUGCAGCGCCAAAGGGAUGAGGAGGAUACGCGAACAACACUACAUGACUGUAUGAGUAUGUGCUAUUUAACCGAGUCUCAGGAAGACGACCAACGAAAGCCCGAGAUAGUAUUCGUACGUGGCGAAAUACCGGCUUAUUUGCGGGGUGAUCAAACUAAAAUUGUGGUCGUUAUACCUGAUGAGCUCUAUCGAAGAUUCAUACGCGAUGUAUAUUUGUCGGCAUGCUUUUACAUACUGAUCUGCGGCUCCACCUGGCUGAUCAUAUCGAUCUUGAAAAUCAAUUUGCGCGCCAAGGUGCCAGUGCCGUUCUAUGUGUGGUUCAUAAUUGCGGUUUUCCAGUUUGAUAUGAUGAUGUGCUAUCCGAAGAUGCAGCACAUCUUUCCGCUUAACUGGAUACUCGACUUCCUGUAUGUGUUCCUACUAACACUAGGCGGCGCCUAUGGGAUGGAUCUAUUGAGUUGGAAACUGUUGCUGAUCUUCCAGGGCGGUGCGCUCGUUUUGAUAGCAUUGCUGCACCUCAUGGGCAUACACUGCCCGCCCACCCAGGGGCUAUGCGAGCGACUGAUGAGCUGCCUGGCUAGCAUAUUUCUGUUCGCCUCACAGAUCUUAUUCUUUGUGCUGUUAUUCUAUAGCCCACCGAUCCUUUGCUUAGUGUUCUUUGUCCUGCUACUGUCGAGUCAGAUCAUACUAACGCCCUACAAUGUGCAACUCAUACACGGACGCCUCAGAGAAAUAACAUUUUUCAGAACGAGCUAUUCAGCCCUCUUGAUCUGCAUGGAAUUUACCGUCUGUGUCCUGUCUUUUGGGGCCUUCUAUUUGUUUUAUGUCUACGUGGAAACGGGCGUAUGGCCUAACUGGUCGUACACGGGUUAAUUUUAAAUCGUAUAUUCACAAUAUAUCUAUGUAUGUACAGUAUAUUCUCCCUUUUAAUUGAACUGAA